AUGAUGGAUAAUAUAAGACGAAAUGUUGAUGAUAAAACACAACAGCAACAGCGACAGCAACAAUAUUUAUAUAAUAUUACUAGUAAUAGUGGACACGAAAGUGAACGCGAUCGCACAACUGAUGAUCGCGAUCGUAUUGCAGAAGAAGAAGAAGAACAGAAAGAACAUGACUUAGCAGGCCAUAAAAUGAGUGGUGUUAGGAAAGGUUUAAAUAAAUUAGAUACCGUCACAACAGUGCCUCAAUUACAACAAAAAUUUAAUAAAUUUAAUAUAAUAGAUGAAGCAGCAAUUACAACUAAUACUACAACAACAACUACAUCAUCUAAAACAUGUGUAGCAGCAGCAAAAUCAUCAUCAAUAACAACUAAGUCGUCGUCGUCGUCCUCAUCCUCUCUAGUAAAUAAAUCAUUAACACAACAGCAACAACAACAGCAAAAUACGGCAUUAGCUAAAUUUAAUCGAAUUAUUGACAAUACAGUGCCGGUUAUAAACACAUACAACUAUCAGCAACAUGUUGCUGAAACAUUAGCCAAAAACUCACAACAACAACAGCAUCCACAUUAUCAACAUGAACUACAACAGAAGCAACAGCAACAAUAUGUAGAGAUGCCCAUUUUAAGUGAUAGUUUAAAACGUAGAUUGGCCCAGAAACAUCAUCAGUACUAUAAUACCGACCUAAUUGUAAAUAAUUCUAAAAUUAAUUUCUCCACAACAACAGCAGCAGCAUCCACAUCCGCAGCAGCAGAAGCUGCUGUUGCCGCCACCACAUCUAAACAUGCAGCAGCCGUAGCCUCCACAUCGAAGGCUGCCGCUACUGCUGCUUUAGCCAGAUUGGCGGCAGCAGCAACUUCAUCAUCUUCAUCACAACAAGAUCAAGAACCUGAGACAACAAUGAAAAUGUCUUUGGAUGAAGAUGAACAAUCAGAACGAAAUGAUGUUCAUUAUUUGUUGAAACAAUUAAAUAGUUUUAGUGAUAUUGAAGAAAUAGAAAUUGUUGAUAUGAAGCAAAAACAGCGUCAGCUACAGCAACAACAACAGCAACAAUAUAACAAAGAGAAAAAUUAUAUUAUUGCAAGCAGCCAACAACAAUCGCAGCAGCAGCAAGAAAAUUACGAAGCUCAAACUGAUUCGCAAUAUGCAGAAAGAGUGGCAAACUUAAAUUUUAAUGAAUAUCAACAUGUUGAACGUAUCAGACAACAAUAUGUUGAACAUGUUGUCUCCUGUGAGCAAUUGUCAGCAGAACAAACUGCUGAGCAUCCCUUACACUCAGAGCAACAUGUUGAAGAGUCACAGCAGCAGCAGCAGAUUGUUGUUGGUAUGCAAACGUAUACUACGGAAAGCAAGCAACAUUAUCAAACAACAUCAACGACAUCACCAACCGCCACAUCACUUGUGAUAUACUCACCCUCGUCACAAUCGCACAAAGGUAUACGUCGCUAUGCCUCACAAGAUGAGCACGCCGCCGCAGCCUCAUAUCAUCCUCAUCCACAUCCCCACGAUCAUCCCCAUCCCCCACACCACCAACACUAUCAUCAUCAUCAGCCCCAUUAUGUGCAUUUGCCCUAUGAGCAUUAUUCCGAGAGUUCCCUAUUGAAUUCGGUCGCCGCCCAGGCAGCAGCCGCCGAUCCUCUGAUAUUACAACAAUUUGUGGAUGAUUACAUAUUUCAAUCCUGCCAUUAUUUGGAAACAAAUAAUUUUGUUGCCAACUAUCGCACUGCCAUGGUCGAGUCAUCGUCUCACGAAUUUCGACCAUCCACCACCACCACAACGCGCACCUCCAACGAGGAGUUCUACGAGGAAGAAGAGGCCGGCUAUGUAGAAGAUCAUUCGUCGGCACAUUCGUUUGAAUUGCAUGAGACGGAGCCGCCCACAGUGAUAUGUAAGGCUCCGGCGCCUUUACCUGCCUCCAAGCGUUCCAUACAACAACAACAACAGCAUCAUCAACAACAAACAUAUACCAUGGAAACACGUUUAUGUAGUAGCGGUGUACAGACUGAUUUAACGGCUUCAUCUUUAGCUCAAAGUUUUAGCCUUAGCUCAUCGUUAUCAUCAUCGGAAAAACACAAGCGUACAAAACCGUUAUUCAAAUGUUGCUAUACUCCCCUCGACAGAUGGCGUGAAAAGCGCUCUCAACAAUCGCAAAUACAAAAACGCACAAAAUCUGCCUCCACUGCUGCUAAUGUUUCCGAACAUCAGCCGCAGCAACAGCAGUUACAGCAGAUAACUACUAAAAACACUAGUGUUGCUAUUGUUGGUGGUCCUUCGCAUGCUGGCAGCAGUAGUGCUAUUCUAAAUAGCACCAUUGCCUUGGCAUCAACAACUACCACCACAACCGCAACAACAACAACAUUACUAAAUACCACAUCAACAUUGGUUGUACAACCUCAAUCUCAUCAUCACCAUCAGCAUCAGCAACAUCAUCAUAAUCAAUCUCUAUCGAAAAAUAAUAAUAAUAAAAAUAAUGCACCUUAUGCAGUUUGACAAAUGCCUUUAAAGCAACAGUUUUUUUAUGUAAAAAUGUUGCUUGCUUUCUGCCAUUUAUACCUUAAACAAAAUAACACUAUAGUUUUCCUUUUUGUAUAAAAAAACCAAACUAAACAAACAAAAAAAAACAUAUGAUAAUGGAAAUUUUUGCCGCCCACUUUAAUACAACAAAAACAAACAAACAAAUACACAACAAACAAACAAAAAAAAUGAACGCCGCCGCUGUCUUAUUUUUGUAAAUCUCUUUUUCCAAAAACAAAACCAAAAACCAACAAAAACAAAAAAACUACAAAAACAAAUCUCUUUAUAAUUUUUUUGCGAUGUCAACAAUUUUUUGCUAUUUCCUUGUCUGUUGUACGAAAGAACAGCAAAAACAAAGAAAAUUAAACAAAAUCAACUUUUUUAUAACCUCUUAAACAAAAAAUAUAAAAAAAAUUAAACAAAAUUUAAAAUCGAACACACACAACAACUAUUCAAACACUAAUUGCAAUUUUAGGGAUAUUUUAGAAUUUAAUUUUAAAAUCAUACAGAAAUUCGAGUCGAGUUGCUAAACAUGUUGCUGGCAACAUUUUAUUGGCUUAAUUUAAAAACUUGCCUCUUGAUUUUAAAUAUAAUGAAAGUUUCUGAUUUCAAAGUAAGUUUCUAAAAAUAAGAAAUUUUAGCUUAAGCAACAUUUUGCUAGAUGUAUAAACUGCUUUACAAAAUUUUGAAGACAUGAUAGAUCAUGUUUUUUAUACAAAAAUAAAUGUAUAUUUAAAAAUGAGCGUUAAUUUCAGCUUUCUAUAAUUGAAUUGUAUUAAAAAUAUAUUCUGCGUUGGUUGCUUUUAUCAGAAUGUUGCCAGUUAAACUUAUUUUUUGAAAAAUUAUCAUGGAAAGUAUUCUUAAAUGCUGCUAAUGAAAUUAAUAUUUGAUUUCGAAUUAAUUAUUUCAACUUUAGCUUAAUGCAGUAAAAUCUUAAUUCAGGUGUAUAAAUGCCAGCAAUUCAUUCCAAAACACCAUUCCCAAUCAAACAAAUUCAUUAGCUUUAUUCAAAGGCUUUAUUUGAAUAUAAUUCGUUCAUUGUUUAAUUAAUUCAUAAUAAAAUUCAUUCUACAUUUGAAUGAAAUUUUGUUAAUUCAAAGCUAAGCCAAAUUGAAUUAAUAGUGUAUCCUUUUUAUAAUUUAAAAUCAAAAUUUUAAAACUUUUUUGUAAUAGAUUUAAAUUUAAUCAUUCAAUACAUUUUAAAGCUAUUUUGAAAAAGAUUUGAAUAAAAUAAAUCAUUCAAUAAGGAAUUAAUUCUAAUGAAUUCAAAACGGAAAAUUUAAUUAAUAUUUAAUUUUUUCGAACUUUCGUCUUCAACAUUUUCAAGAUGUUUCAUAUAUAUAGAAGAUUUCAGAGCAGGGCCGAAUUACCGCACUCGUGAUCGAAUGAACUAUCGUAUCGAAAAAUAAUUUCGAUAUCGUAAUUAUAACAAAUUUCAUUCUCGAUAUCGAAUGCCGUAAUCUCAAAUAAGAAAAUUACGAUCGAAUUUACUCGAUAUCGAUUGCGGUAAUUCGGCACCAGGUUUCAAUAAAAUAUGAAAUUUGUCUAAAGAAUGGUAAUAGGAAUGAUUACUUUAUUUGAACAUAUUGCUAGCAAGAUGAAAGUUGCUAAACAUCAGCAAUAUGUUUUAAAUUCAAUAUUCAGAAAAUUUUAUUUUUUUGACAAUGCAAGCUUUUGAAUGAAAAAUAUCCUUCAACAUGUUGCUAGUAAAACUAAUACUCAAUUUUUUUUUAAUUAAUGUUUGUUAUUUUUAUCACCAUUUAGCAUUUGAGUUUAUCAAUUUGGCAUGUUGCUAGAAAUUGUUUACAAUUCUAUUGAAUUUGCAAUAACAGUAAUAUUAUUUGUAAAUACAAUCUUUUGAAUGGAUGGCUAUUAUUAAAAUAUGUUUCUUGUAAAAUUAAUAUUCAAAUUUGUUGCACAACAUUGUCAAAAAGUAAUUAAAGCAUAGAAUAUUUGUAUCAACAAAAUUCGAUCAACAUAUUGCUAUUAAAGCUUAAAUUUCAGUGAAAAUGAACAUUUAAGUUUAUGGAAUUGAUUUCAACAUGUUGCUAGCAAAAACUCUUUUUCAAUUUGUUGCUAAACAUUGUCAAAUUGUUUAAAAUACAAUUAAGGCAUUUGUUUGAAGCUUAAUUUUAAUUUAAUAUAAACAUUAUUGCAACAUGUUGCUAGUGAAAUUGAGGUUCACAUUUUUAAAAAGUAUAUAAUCGAAUAUUUGUGUGUAUAUAAACAUUUGAGUCUAUGGAAUUAUAUUCAACAUGUUGCCAUCAAAAAGUAUAUUUUGAUUUAUUGCUAAACAUGUUUUAAAUUUAAUUAAAUCAUUAAUAUACAAGCAGUUCAACUAAAUUCCAUCAAAAUUAAUGCUUAAAUUUGAGUGAAUAAUAAAAUUUUAGUAUAGAAAAUCUAUUGCUAUAUUGCUAUAUUAACAGAAUUCUUCAAUAAAUUUCAAAAUGUUGCCAGUAAAGUUCAGCAUUCUCAAAAAAUGUUCUAGAUGUUUAAAAUAGAAUAAUAAAAUUAAAUGUUUCUCUAUCAAUCAUUAGAAUCAUUAGAAGAGAUGUGAAAAACCUAUUUACAAAAUGUUGAUUUAUUCCAUAUUAAAAAUUAAGUUUCUUACAAAAUUAUCAUUCGAAAUUGUUGCUCAACAUUGUCAAGAUGUUUAAAAUAUAUUUAAUACAUAGAAUGUUGUUUUUUUCGUCAAAAUUUUAUCAAGACUACAUCGAAUUGUAGUCAACAUGUUGCUAGUAAAGUGAAGAAAUUAUUUAAGAAAAUGUUUUAGAAAAUGUUGCCAGCAAUAUUAAAGAUAACAACAUGUUGCUAAUAAAAUUAACAUUCAAAAAUAUUGCUCAACAUUGUCAAGAUGUUUAAAAAACAUGUUGCUUAAAAUUUAAUGUGUUUAUUUCAACAUAAUGCUGGUAAAAUGAAUGACCACAUUUGUUGAAAAUGUUGAUACUAUUUUAAUAAAGCUACAAACUACUUUGUAGCAAAAAAUUUAAUGCGUACCAAUAUUUUAUUUACAAUUUUUUAUUGUAUCAUUGUAAACAAUACACGUUUUAAAGAUUUUAUGAAUAUAUUGACAGAUGUUAAGCAAAUGUUUCUCAUCCUUUUUUUUGGAAAAGCAUUAAACAAAUGUUUCUCAUCCUUUUUAUUUUUUUUAUAUAUUUCUAUUACAACUAUAAAAUAUCUUAGUAACUACAAUAAAUAUUUUUAUUCAAGAGACUUUUGAAAUCAACCUAUUUGGUAACUUAAAAAUGUUAAGCAAUAUUCAUGUACUCUAGUUUGGCAACAUUUACAUAAUGUAUACAAUGUAACCUUAAUUUCACUAUUUUAUUUUUUCAAUAUUUAAUUCUCCUCCCAAAAUUGCAACUAGUGUCAAUCACACCACAAUACAGCAACAAACAUCAAACAACAACAAAACUAUUUAAAUGAAAUAUUAUUAAAUUUCUUUCCUUCCCAAAAAACAAAAUAAAACAAAGAAAUUUCUUAAUAUUUAUUUUCCUUGCAAACCAAACAAAAAAUAAAUACUUUUUUUGAAAAGUUUAUAUAACUAUCGCGCUCCUAAUCUUUCCAAAAACACUCUAGUUUUCUCACCAUCUCUUCUUCUUGUUGUUAUUACAUUUUUUAUAAUAUUAUAAAACAAAAAUAAUAAAAUAAAAAUAAAACAAAUGAAAGGAAAAAAUACUACAAAAAAAUCAAGCGUAAAGAAAAUUUAAAAUCCGAAAAAAGCAAAUAAUCAUCAUCUCUUUCUAAUCAUUAAGCAGGUCGUUAAUGUUUAAAACAAAAGCGAAAAAAGACCAUUUAAUAUGUAUAGUAAACAAAUAAUAAUAAUAAUAAUAAAAAUACUUUCACACAUAAAUAAUAAUAAACAAUAUGAAAAUAAAACAAAAUCAAAGUUUAAACAAAAAUAAAUACUUUCUGUAAAAUUUUUACUAACAAUAAUAUUAAUUAAUUCAUUAAUUUUUUGUAAAGCUGAAGUUAAUUUAUAAAUAUUAAUUUUUCUUAUUUUCUUUACAAUUAUUUUAUUUAUUUUGGGUAUAUAUUUGGGUUUAUUUAAUUAAUACUUUAUUACUAACAAUAAUUUUCUUGUUAAGUUUUUGCUUAAAUAAAUAAUAUAUUUUUUGUUUAACAAA